AUGCUAAAAUAAUUGAAGAGAUGUUGUUUUAGAUCUAAAUCACUACCAAGAGGAAUUCCUUUGCUUGUUCAUAAGUUUAUUAAUACCCGAGGACGUUAUGUUCGUAGAAAUGCAAUCAAGGCUUUUGCAUCUGGACCUUUAGAACCUCCAACAACUAUUUCCCGUCGAAAAUCUUGUGAGGGAGAUGAAUUUGGAUACUUUCGAUCCAGUAAGGAAUGGAUGCAGUUAGUUAAAAUUGAUAAUCCUCAACAUCGGAAUUAGAAUUUAGCCAGGAUUGUAUUUUUAAGACUUAAACACGGGAAUUCACAAAGUCAAUCAAAGCGCAUUCUUUCUUUAAAAAAGUGUAAGAAUAUUAAUAAAUAUAUGAUUAGGCUUCAAAGACUAAGUAAAUUUGCUGCGUAUAUUAUCAACAUUUAAACCAAAAGUAACAGUUUAAUAAAUUGAUCUUGUCAACCAAUCAAAGAAAGUUAAUAUGCCACUUUUACCAUCUCCAAAGGCUAAAGUGCAUACAAAAUUAUUCCCCUUUAAUAAAUCAAUUACAAUUGAUCAACCUCUCUUUCCAAAAAAGAUACAUAGAAAUUGGAGCUAACUGGAGAUGAUGUCCCCUUAAAAGACAAUAACAUAACCAGCUUCCAAUUAUGUAAGUCCAAGGAAGUUCAAAAAAUCAAUAAUGAACAUAUACGGAAUUUCAAAUACUAUGCACCUUAUAAAGUACUGA